UUUGUUGUGACGUCAUUUUCCGCAGCGCGACAGCUGAUGCGCCGACUCCUCUGCUCUGCUGCUCCUUCGCCGACGACUGCUCCUGACCGCACGUUGACUCUCACCUCCGGUCAGAAGCGGUUUUAAUCCGGUGAAGACGGACGACAUGUCGCGCAGGGACAGGAUGCCGCCGCCGCUGUGGGUGUUCGUGCAGGCGGCGCUCGUCGCGUGCUCCUGGUGUUUCUCCGACAUGGACACGGGGCCUGGCGCGGGCGUCGCGACGCAGCCGAACGGCGACCGCUUCAAAAUCGAGGGACGAGCGAUCGUGCCCGGGGUGAAGACACAGGACUGGGUGUCCACGGCCAGGGUGCAGGUGGAGGGCGAGGACUACGUCGGCUUCCUGAGAACUGACGGGAGUUUUGCCGUGAACGACGUCCCCUCGGGAUCUUACGUUAUCGAAGUUGUCACCCCGACGUAUAGGUUCGAACCAGUGCGUGUUGAUAUCACAACCAAGGGCAAAAUGAGGGCGCGUCUCGUCAACUACAUCAAGACCUCAGAAGUAAUUCGCCAGCCAUAUCCUCUCCAAGUCCGGGCCAACGGCCCUCACACCUACUUCAUGAAGAGGGAGACCUGGGGCUGGACAGACUUCCUUAUGAACCCAAUGGUUAUGAUGAUGGUUCUGCCCCUGCUGAUCAUUGUGUUGCUGCCCAAAGUGGUCAACACCAAUGACCCAGAGAUGAGAAAGGAAAUGGAACAGUCCAUGAACAUGCUGAACCCCAACCCUGAGCUUCCCGACGUCUCUGAGCUCAUGACCAAGCUCUUCUCUGGCUCCAAGGGCACCAGCAAGGCAGGCAGCAGCAGCAGCAAGGGCACGAGGCCAGCUGUCAAGAGGAGGUAGUACUAUACUGCACACACCUCCUCCAGCUGCCUGAAGAAGCACGAGUUAUGCCAUGGAAGCAAGAUUUUAAAAAGUGUAAUUUUCCCCUCUGGGUCUAUUGUACAGUUUUCUUUAUUAAUAGAUGUUUUGAGCACAUCGUGUUUUCUAUUAUGUUAUUGGAAACUGAGCAUAAAAACAAGAGUUUUAUCUCUCUCCCAUACCGCACUGAUGGAAACUUCUUAAACUCUACAAAAGCUGUAAUUCUUCAUUUGCUCUGUACUUUCUACAAGUGGCUCUACUACUCAUCAAUCUUGUCUGUUGCUAACCCUCUGCUGUGCAUUUUUCCACUGCUGCUAAUUCCACUACCUGAAAAGAAGAACAUAUAUACAUACUCAGAGAUUUUCUUGUUCUUUUUUUUUCUUGUUUUGCUUAUAGUAAUAAGACUGUGAAUGCAGAUGAAUUGAAUUUUUAAGACUGAUAAAUUCUUAUUUAAAAAACCUAGCUAAUUAAAUUGAAAUGGUUAUAUAACAACUGUGUUUUUAUUUCAGACCGUCUUAUUUGUUUGAAAGUGAGCACAUGGCCAGAAUUCUCUCCAUGUUCAUACGUGCUCAAGGUGUAAAAUUAAAACGAUAAUUACUUUACAAUUCAAAGAGUAAUAGGAGCUGUGUGUUUGCUUUCAAGAUCUCGCGAGUGUAACUGGCUUUACUUUGAAUAAAGCAGAUGGCCAAGACCUUAUUAAAGUCA